CGAGGGGAGGAGCAGCCGGAGGGGUGGCGGGGCAUGCCUCACCGAGCCAGCCCACACCCAAAGCGUACACUUCCACGCCACAAAAACUCGCGUGGGCUUCCCACAGGGGCGAGCGGUGGCGUGCAAGGAGCGACGGCGGGUGGAUCUGCUUCCUGCUCGCAGCGGGGCGGAGCGGAGCGAGAGUCCAUGGCCGGCGCCGGGGAGCUGGAGCAGUGGAUCAAUAAAGCCACUGACCCAAGUAUCCCCGAGGAGAACUGGGAAUGCAUCCAGCGGUUCUGUGACCAGGUGAACGCUGACAGGGAAGGCCCAUCGCUUGCAUCGAGGCUGCUGGCACAUAAGAUACAGUCACCUCAGGAGAUGGAAGCUCUCCAUGCUCUCACAGUGCUAGAGACCUGUGUGAAUAACUGCGGUGAAAGAUUUCACAAUGAAAUAGCAAAAUUCAGGUUUCUGAAUGAGCUGAUUAAAGUGCUUUCCCCAAAGUACUAUGGAACCUGGUCUUCAGAAAAAGUCAAGUCAAGAGUCACAGAAGUAAUAUUCAGUUGGACAGUCUGGUUUCCUCAGGAAGUCAAAAUUCGGGAUGCUUAUCAGAUGCUGAAGAAACAAGGGAUUGUAAAAGAAGACCCCAAAUUGCCAGAAGACAAAAUUUUACCUCCCCCUUCUCCAAGACCUCAGAAUUCUAUUUUUGACACAGAUGAAGAGAAAUCCAAGCUCUUAGCGCGGCUUCUAAAGAGCAACCACUCUGAAGACCUGCAGGCUGCCAACCGUCUGAUCAAGAGCAUGAUUAAAGAGGAACAAGAGAAGUCAGCUAAGAUGUCCAGAAGAGUGAAUACCAUCAGUGAGGUUUCUGAGAAUGUUAAACGUAUGGACGAAUUACUGGAAAACUACAAGAGGCAAGAACUACCCAAAUCUGACCAGGACACCCUACAGACUCUGUUUCAACGCUGUGAGAAACUCAGGCCGCUGCUCUUCCGCCUCGCCAGUGAGACAGUUGAUGAUGAUGAGGCUCUAGCUGAGAUACUGCAGGCCAACGACAAGCUCACGCAGGUCCUCGGACAGUACAGGCAGGUUGUAGCCAGCCAUGAAAAUGGUGGUGGAGGAGAUUCAGCUACCAGCUCCGCUGAUGCACCAGCAUGCCGGGCAGCCCCAAGGCGCAUGAAGAGCUAUACGCUGAUUGACUUCUCCGAACUGGAGGCGACAUCCCAGUCUCCUACUGACCAAUUUGCAAACAGAACCACUGCCUCCCGCCACGGCAGCACAACCUCUACCUGUCUGCUGGACGAGGAGUUUAAGUCAUUAGGUCUCAGCAACUCUCCUGUUGUACAGAAACCACCACCUGAUUUUGGCUUAGCAGAGUCUGCUGUACAUAAUGGAUGUAGUGAGAUCGUAAGUGCUGUUCAAACACUGGGAGGCUGGGAAGACGGCUGUUCAGAGAAGAAUGCCUUUGAGGGCCUGGCUGACCAGCUCUCUCCGCCAUCCAGGACCAAGACGUUAUCUUUGGAUUUAUCACCAAUGAAAUUGCCCUUUCCAGAUCUUCCAAAUAGCUCAAUGGCAAAUACUUCAUUCUCCAGCCUAGGCCAUGAGCUGAAGCCUGCUGCCUCUUUGCAUCCAGCUUCCCAUGAGGCUUCUCUAGAAAACCUUUUUGUCCCUUUAAUUUCAAUUACACCGAGCAGUAUCUGUCCACUUACUGUGUAUGAUAGGAAUGGUUUCAAGGCCAUGCUCCACUUCUCCAGCGACCCAGCUCCUGGCCGACCAGAUGUGCUGGUGAUGGUUCUUUCCAUGCUGAGCACAUCAGCCCAGCCAAUUAAGGACAUAGCGUUCCAGGCUGCAGUCCCAAAGACCAUGAAAAUAAAGUUACAGCCAGCUUCUGGCUCUGAGCUGCCUGCUUUCAGCCCUAUUCUCCCCCCUGCGGUGGUAUCCCAGGUCCUGCUGCUCGCCAAUCCGCACAAGGAUCCCAUCCGACUGAGGUACAAACUAGCGUUCACGCAAGGUGCGCAGCCCUUCACCGAGGUGGGAGAGGUGACUGGCUUCCCAGAAGCAGAGCUCUGGGGCAGGAGCUGAAGUUCAGCAGGCCUGGACAUUGCCGUGUUGCCUUAGUGGCGGAUGGGAGGGACUGUGUGCCAGCAAGGCCGCCUGGACUCCGUAAUGGCUGCUUUCCUUGGGAUCCACCAUCUCCUUCUUCCUUUCGGUUUCUGCGCAGCUGUCUGGCAGGAGGAGCACAAGCUGGCUGCUUCUGCCACAGCCUUUAUCUGUAGCUGAUGCUGCUUUACAGGAGGCUGCUGUAGAGCCCGGGAGCCUUAACGCUUCUUCCAUACAAGUGUUUCCUGCUGCUUUCUGGACCAAUUUUCUCUCUUCCCCAUUAUUUUUUUUUUUUUCCCCAAUUAAAAACAAAAGCAAACCUCUA